AUGCCUUUAAAAGAAAACAAAAAGUUGUAUCGUUCACUAAUAAGAACGUUAGGAAAAUUAGCAAAUUUUUUUGAUGACAAUGAAAUAUGGAAAUGUUUCUUAUCAAAUAUAUACAGAUAUGAAAAUGAGAAAAGUGACAAGUAUAAUGAAUUCUUAAGACUUUAUUUAAAGAACAAUAUACAUUAUUGUCCUAUCAAGUCUAAUAAAAGAAAGUUAAGAACAGAACUUAUUAAUUUUUUAAGGACUAACUUAAAUAAUGAUCAUAUUUUUUUUAACAUAGGCUUUACAGCCAUUCGUCACUUGGGCAGGAUUCAAAAUAAAGUACUACUAUAUACAAACGAUAAGGCAAAUGAUAAAACAAAUAGUAAGACAUAUGACCAUACAUGUAAAUAUAACAAUACUACAGCUAUGUUUGAUAGGACAAGAAGUGUAUGGACAUCCGAAGAAGAAAAGAAUUUUUUCAAAAAUAAUUUACGAGUAAUUAACUUCAAUGUGUCCAGUGAACGAGAAUGUGAGCAUGUUGAUAUACCAUAUGAGGAACAUUACGCGAAGAAAAAAAAAAGGUCAUCUGUGUUAAAAAAGAGUGUAAGUAGGAAGAGUAGUAAGGGAGGGGAAGACCCCACGGAUGGAGUAAAUGCAGAGGGAGCAGCAGAGGGAGUAGCAGAGGGAGUAGCAGAGGGAGUAGCAGAGGGAGUAGCAGAGGGAGUAGCAGAGGGAGUAGCAGAGGGAGUAGCAGAGGGAGUAGCAGAAGGAGUAGCAGAAGGAGUGAGCAGUAGAAGCAGCAGCAUUGCAAAGGUUGACAGCGUGAAUAGCGAGGAGAAGACUCCACGAGACCGCAGUAGCGACGACACAGGGGGGAUAAAAGACGGUCCAGAAAAAAAUGCUAAACUUAAUGGUUCUACCCAGAAUAGUUCUACCCAGAAUAGUGCUAUUCAGAGUAGUACUAUUCAGAGUAGUACUAUUCAGAGUAGUACUAUCCAGAGUAGUACUAUUCAGAGUAGUACUAUCAGAGUAGUACUAUCCAGAAGUAGUGCUAGCCAGAGUAGUGCUAUGCAGAGUAGUGCUAGCCAGAGUAGUGCUAGCCAGAGUAGUGCUAGCCAGAGUAGUGCUAGCCAGAGUAGUGCUAGCCAUAUUGUGGGAAUCCCUGAGUGCAACCUUCAAAAGCGUAGUAAGAGUAACAACAUUAUUUUGAAACGAGAGAAUAGUAAGAAUGAAAUUAAAAAAGGUACUAUAUUAAUAGCGCACCCGUUAACCUCAAGUAUGUUAUGGAAUAAGUCGGUAAUAUUAAUUACUCACAAAGAUAAAAACAAUUUAGUGUGUGGUUUAAUAUUAAAUAAACAUCCCAUAUACAAUAAUUAUAUGGGGGGUAUAUCAAAUAAAAAGGAAAUUCUAAGAAUACUAAGUAAAUUAUAUCUAAAAAAGAAGGAAUUUAUAAAUAAUGAAAUAACGAACCAUUUGGGGAUAGACAAAAAGAAGAGUAGUACCAUAAAGGAAUCAGGCAAUUGUAAUCAGAAUAUCACAAGCGUGCAUGAAACAAAUAGAAACAGUGAACAGAUAAGAGAUAUAUAUGAUACGCAUGGUAGAGCAGUGGAAGGGGAAAAGGUAAUAACACCUCCCCUCGAACGUAGUAGCGGCUGUAGCAGUAAUGGUCGUGCUAGGGAUAGGAACCGCUGUGGAGGUAGUGAUACUGGUAGUAGUGAACCCGGGGGGGACAGUCUCAUUCUGGUGGAAAACAAAAGCACUGUAAAGAAAGAAGCGUAUUUAGAAAAAGAAUUGGAUAUGGAGGGGAAGAAAGGUCCUAGGUACGAUAAGGAAAAGAGCAGCAGUGAUGGCGGAAGUGGCAGUGGUAGUGGCAGUGGUAGUGGCAGUGGUAGUGGCAGUGGUAGUGGCAGUGGAGAGGACUUCCCCACGUUGAAGGAUUUACAAGAAAUGUUUUUGAGGAUACAAUUUAGAAGUUCGUCAAAGCAUUUUAUGAACAAGCGAAUAAAAAAAAAGAGCAAUUUAUUUGUAAUGAUGGAUGAACAUUUGCUUGAUAUUAUUACUCAUUAUAUUAUAAAAUUGAAUAAGGUACCUUUAUAUUUACGAUUUCUUCCAUCAUAUAAUAUUGGCUCAAUGACAGAUAUAAAGAGUGAAAUAAAAAAGCUGCAAAUGUUAAAUGAAUUUUAUAAAAUUUAUUUUGAAAAAUAUAAUAAAUGGAAAGUGGUUAUAAUAAAUAAUCGUAUACACAUAUUCGAUAAGGAAAAAAAUAAGAAGAAAUUACAAAAGACUCCUUCCAAAUAUGAUAUAAUGAUGAAGAGUAACAGUAACGCGGAUGUGGAGAAACUAACGGAAGAAGAAAAGGAACGAAUUCACAGGAGGAUACAAAAAUUUAAGGAAACCAACAAGUUAUGUGUGGAUGAGGAGGAGGAAGAUGAGAGUGGUGAAGAGGAGGGGGACAAGCUAAACGAUAAAAAAAAAAUAAUAAUAAAAAAAAAUAACAGCAGGAUUGACAGUUGCAGUAGUAGCACUACAAAUAGAGGCAAGGAUAGGGGUAUACUUAGAAGAAGGGGAGGAGUUAGGGACAGCGGGUAUCAUAUGUACGAUGGCAAGUAUGCCAAGGAAGAAGUGGAUGAAGAGGAUGAAACGGGUGAAGCGGAUGAAACGGGUGAAGCGGAUGAAGCGGAUGAAGUGGAAGAAUCGGAUGAAGCAGAUGAAGAGGAAGAAUCGGAUGAAGUGGACGAUGCGGAUGAAGUAGACGAAGUAGACGAAGUGGAUGAGAUGGACGAAGCAAACGAAGAUGGCGAUGAUGGGGGAGGGAGCGAAUACGAGCAGAAAGGACAAAACAGGAGAGAUGAAAAAACGGACACGUUGCAGGUUCGUGCAGAAAAUGCACUAGAGGAAGAAACAACAACUGUUUUGAAGAAUAAGAAAAAUUUUAAAAAAUUAAAGAAUGAAUUAAAUAUAAAAAGUAGGAAAACCAAAUCUAGUAAGAUAUCAUCAAUAAACAAAGUAAACAUAAACCCAAUGAAUCAGAACUAUAUUGUAAGAAACCCUGUAAAUUUAUUCUGGCUAGGUGGACCUUUACCAGGACUUACCAUAUUACAUAACAUGAAGAAAUUUUCAAAAAAUAUUGUUGUAAAUGAUUUAAUUUAUGAAGGAUAUAACGAACAUGUAGACACAAAUUUACCUGAACAAAGCGACAGUAUGAAUAUUGAAAAUGAUAAAGAGGAUAUAGUUCACUUAACAACUGAUGCCAAUUUUAUGGAGUCGACGAAUGACAACAACAGUAUGUGCAAAAAGACGCAAGAAUGGGGGGGGAAGAAGGAAGAUCGAUUAAUAGCUUCAGAUCGAAUGGAUUCUGAUUUUGUUAGUGGUACGUACGACGGAGGUGUCUACAGCAGUACCAUGUGCAGUGAUAAUGGAGUAGGAAGCAGUACUGCACGUAGUGAUGGUACGUACAGUAAUAACAUUGAUAAUCUAAACACAUAUAGUAAUAAUCUCGAUAGUAAUAAUCUCGAUAGUAAUAAUCUCAAUAGGAAUGAGCUAUAUAGGAAUGAGCUAUAUAGGAAUAAUCUCGAUAGUAAUAAUCUCGAUAGUAAUAAUCUCAAUAGGAAUAACCUCAAUAGGAAUAACCUCAAUAGGAAUAACCUCAAUAGGAAUAACCUCAAUAGGAAUAACCUCGAUGAAAAUACCCCGCGCAAUGGUAAAAAUGUUUGCGAGAAAAAGUUAAUAAAGAGAUUCAUCGGAAAAGCCACUUGGGAGUUAGAUCAACUUAUGGAGGAAGUGAACAACGACUACUGGAUAGCUUUAAAUUGUGAAAAUAAGGAGUUACUAUCAAAAAUAAUUUUUAACUCAACAAAUGAUUUUUAUAAUAAUGUAACCAAUGACAGUAGCGGUACGCCGUGUAGCCUUUCCUAUGCCUACAAAGGGGAGCACAUAUGGGAGAAGAUACUGGCUUCACUAAGUAAUGACUAUGAAAAUAUUUCGAAGAUACCGCAGACAAUGAUAGAUAGCGUUCUGAAGGAUUUCAGGGGUGCCGACAGUGAGUAA